AUGAAUUUUUUAUGUUUUAUAAAAUUUGCUAUUAUCUUUAUUGCAGAGAAUGGGAAAGGUCACUUAAAUAAAUUAAAUACAAGUUUGAAAGAACCGAAAAUCUAUUCUUUAAUUGAAAAAAAUGAUGGUGGCGAAAGGGGGAGACAGAAGACAGGAGUUGAUGUUUUACAGGAAAACGACUCAAUUAAUUUUAAAACGACAAAAAUCGUCGUAGGAUUAGAGUACCUGGGAGCUGGAUAUGAUAUAAUUAAGGCAAACACCAUGGGGGACUCUGAACAAGGAGAAGAUUUGGGAUACAGAGCCCCCGUCAUAGAUUUUGCUUGGGCACAAACUGAUGUGGGAGUUACGAAUAGUCUGGACUCAUUACAACCAGUGGGAGGAUGGGUAAGGCCUAAAGUGUCGUGUGGAGAGUCUGAAAAUGUGACUGAAAUAGAGUCAAUAAGUAAUUUAAAAGAUGUGACGGAAAGCGACGUGCAAGUUGACGUAAAGGUUCCUAACGUUGGAACAGGAUCAUUGAACACACAAUAUCAAGAAUUAAAAGCUGAUUCAGAAAACAGAAAAAAUAAAUUGUACACAAACACAUACUACUGUUUCACCUAUGCGGCAGGAAUACCUCCAACACUUGAUUGGAAUACAACCGAGGAUUUUAAUUUAUCAGUUUCUGAAUUACCAAAGAAAAUUAAAGAUUAUGAAAAGUGUACACCAGAGGGAUACAAGAAAAGAAUAAAAGAAUGCAAGGAUUUGGUCAAAUGGAUGGAGUUUUUCUCAGAGUUCGGAACCCAUGUUGUUGUUCAAGUUCAUUUGGGUGAGCAAAGAAUUAACCAAUAUAUAUUAGGAGGAAAGUUAACUCGAUACUUGAGUGUUCCAUCAAGUAUAAUUGAAUCUCUGUCAAACAAAGGAUUUGAUGUAAACGCAGUGAUUGGAGCUGUCAUAUCUGGAGUUAAAACAGACAUAUCGGUUGGAGCUUCAAAGUCAGAUGAAAGUGAAAUAAAGCAACUUAAAAAAUCAUCAAAACUGAAAUUUAGUGUUUUGGGAGGAAUUCACCCAGAUAGGCAGAUUUCACCAUCAUCAAUAAGAAACUGGAAAUCAACAGUUCCUAGAUAUCCAAUGCCUAUUAAGAUUGAUGUGGAGACAAUAAGUACAUUUUUGCCAAGAUCAUAUUAUAAUUCAUUCAAAGAAGCAUUGAAUUUCUACAUAACACUCAACAAAGCUCUUCCUUGGGAUAUUGAACAAAAGGAAAAAAGGCUUAUGACCAUAAAAUCACUGUUGGUAAAUUCGAAACAGGUAGUAGUCACAAACAAAAAUGAUGAAAUACCUGUGGCGAAAUGUCAAAAUGGGAAAAGAGUACUUUUUGGAUUCAUUAUAAACAUUUAUGAAGAUUUAACCACCUCUGUGUAUUCAUGCAUACAAUACAAAAAAUUUUGCACUGUCGAUGAAAUUAUGGAAAAAUCCACAGUAAUUAUAUAUACACUUUGCGGGAACUCACUGGGCCUUGAAUUCAAAACUAAAUAUGUAAAUGAUGAAAAUGGUGAAAAUGUAAAAUAA